AUGACUGUUGUGUCGGGUCGGAUCGUGUCGUGUCGUGUCGUGUCGUGCCGUGCCGUUAUGAGUGAAGGCGGUGAGGCCGCGCAGUCAAAGAGGAGGGGGCACCCGAGCAGUGCUGGCAGCGUUCAUGGUGAGCUGGAGUCCAUUGCUGACGAGGAAGGCGCGGCCGGGCGAUCGUUGGCCGCGGCGGGGGGGAAGAGACGGGACGAGACGAGACGAGACGAGACGAGACGAGACGAGGGAGGGGCAACGAUCGCAGAGUUCCUGCAGCGUAUCUAUCACAACGAUUGGCAAGACGGGAGUGGAAGAAUCAUGCUCCGGCUGGUCGAGCCUGCCGGGCAGAGGGACAUUUGUGCAAGGGCCUGCGCGGCGUGGACGGGCCUGGGCCCUGGGCCGCGGGCGGCUGGGGAGCGGACGUGUUUCCGCCUUGCCACUCACAUGGGACGGAUGCGCCAGGGCAUGACUGGGAGAGCCACAUGCGCUGGACUGGCCACGCGAGAAUGGGAGUCGCCGCACAUGGCCAGCCAGACUAGCCAGGCCAGCCUAUCGGGGACUUGCCGCCGCACCAUGCCAAGCGCAGGAUGCGGCCCCGCCGCGCUGACUAAAAUUCCGAGACGUGUCGGUCACCAUGACGUGGGCCGGUCGUGGCGCACGAGCCGGAUCAUUUUCCCCUGCGGGCACCAGGGCACCAGGGGCCCCAGACAGUGAUUGGCCGGCGGGCAGGAGUGCGCGAAAGUGAGCGCUUCCCGGCCGGCAAUGAUGGUCAG